AUGAGCUCGCUGGGGGAGGAGGAAAACAUGUCCAUUUCUGGUGUGGGCGACGAAGUUGAUGGAGGAUUUCGUGUCGUUACUUCUGCUGCAGUGUCAACCGAGACGCCGGACGUCGCACCUCCAGGAGAUGCUCAUCGAAUGUCAAUACAGAGUUGCAGUCUCACCUUCGAUGACUACAAUAAAUUUUAUGAGAAGGUUGGCAAAUUUGACUACUUUGUCUUGGUCUUCUCCAUCUGUUCUUACGCUGCAGAUGUCAGCACAGAUCUAUGGGUUGCUUCUAAGUACUCCGAAAAAGGCCAUGUUUGGUGGUUUGCUCUCACUCUUUCCCUUGUGCUAGUGCCCUCUGUUGUCAUGCAACUUGUGUCAUUUGCUUGGUUCUUGGAGGACGACGUACCACUCACCUGGUGGGAAAUCAUACUGCACAUUGUGCAGCUGGGUCCCAUCUUGAGGUAUGUUAAAGCAUUCGUCUUGGGUGUACAAGACAGACGGACGUUGUCAUACGCUCAGAUGAGAGAUGCAAGUAUGAUUCGACUUUUGGAAGCCUUCUUCGAGUCUGCACCUCAGCUGGUACUCCAGCUGUACAUCAUGGCAUCAGAGAAUGAGGCUGAUGCUAUCACAGUGAUCUCAGUUUGUCUCUCACUGAUCUCACUGUCAUGGGCAAUUGGUGCAUAUGCAAAGGCAUUGCGAGCUGUGAGAUUAGACAGGCAAGGCCUCAGCUUGAGAGGCGUCUGGAUUCAGUGCAUUUGGCGAACAGGGAUGGCCAUGUCACGAGUUGUUGCUCUUGCUUUGUUUGCAACAGCGUACAAGGCGUGGCUGUUUCUUGCUGUCUGCUUUCAUUGGUUGAUCAUGACUGGAUGGCUGAUCGCUCAAAAGACUGAAUUCUGCCCUGGAGGUUCUCAUCUCGAAUGGACGUUUGACGGCAUGGUGGCUGUUGUGCUGAUCUUCUGCUUCUUCAAUACAAAAGACGGAAAGAUCAGGAACCGUGUGAUCGCCUAUUAUAUCCUUAUGUUGGUUGAGAAUUCAGUCUUGAUAUAUUUAUGGUAUGUUAAUUGGGACGAAGACGUGUGGUACAACAUUCCAGCAUUAGCAGCUGUUUGGGGAGGCUUCAUUCUUGGUUUAGUGUUCAUGUUUAUCUAUUAUCGUUUCUUUCAUCCAACAGUGGCUGUUGACAACAAAUGCAAACCAAAGAGUAAAAGAGAGUUAAAUUACGUUAUUAGUAGUGAUGACUAUGUACUUGAAAGAAGCAAUAAUGGUGACAUACAAUCUACAAUAUCGAGGACAGAAAUAUUUGUGUCAACCGGUGGAUGUGACACAAUAGAUGGACGUGAAGCAAGGAGACGAUCAAGUCAGCAGCGUCUGUUGCUUUCAGUUCCUCCUAUCAUGAAGAGACACCGGUUUCCUCCCGAGCUUAGUAAACCAGCAGCUACGAAAUGGUCCAGUGGCACUCUACCCGUGCCUCACACAAUUGAACAGCCGGUAACUUCAGUUUGAUUUCUAGUCUAUUUUCUAUAUUUUAUUUAUAUGUAUACGGAUACAGAUUGUACUGCUGUAUGAUUUUGUACUGAGAAACUCUAGUCUACAUUAGAGUUUGAUUGUGCAUGCGCAUAUGUAAAAA